AUGACCUCGCCCGAGUUCGCGCAGGCCAUGGACGCGCAGGACCCGCUGGCCCACCUGCGCAGCGAAUUCGAAAUUCCAACCAAAGCGCAGGUGACGUCGAACCCGUCGCUGGGCUCCUCGCCCUGCACGUACCUGUGCGGCAACUCUCUGGGGCUUCUGCCUCGGCGCUCCCGUCGCGUCAUCACCGAGGAGCUGGACGAGUGGGCGCACCGCGGAGUGGUGGGCCACCACCGGCACUCGCUGGGGCGGCCGUGGGUGGAGUACCGGCAGCAGGUGGUGGAGAAAAUGGCGCCGCUGUUUGGCGCCAAGCCUGUGGAAGUCGGCGUGAUGAACUCGCUGACGGUCAAUGUGCAUCUGAUGCUGGCAUCGUUCUACAAGCCGACCGCGGAGCGGUUCAAGAUCCUGAUCGAGGCAAAGGCGUUCCCGUCCGACCACUAUGCAGUGGAGUCGCAGAUCCAGUGGCACAAAUUGCCACAGGAGGCGAUGCUGCUGGCCAAGCCGCGCGAAGGCGAACGCACGCUGCGCACUGAGGAUAUCCUGCAGCUGAUCGAGGAGCAGGGAGAGCAGGUCGCAGUGGUGAUGCUGAGCGGCGUGCAGUAUUACACGGGGCAGGUGUUUGAGAUGGAGAAGAUCACCAAGGCCGCGCAAGCCAAGGGCUGUGUGGUGGGAUGGGAUCUGGCCCAUGCGGCAGGCAAUGUGCCGGUGCAGCUGCACGACUGGAAUGUGGACUUUGCGUGCUGGUGUACGUACAAGUACAUGAACUCGGGACCAGGCGGCAUUGCCGGGUUCUUUGUCCAUGAGAGGUACGCACGGGACGCGACCCAGCACCGGCUCACCGGCUGGUGGGCGCACGACGAGAAGACCCGGUUCGAGAUGACCAACGAGUUUGAGCCCAAUACCGGGGCAGCCGGGUUCGAGAUCUCGUGUACGCCGGUGCUGGUGUCAGCGUCGCUGCUGGGCUCGCUGGAGGUGUUUGAGCAGACCAGCAUCCAGGAACUCAGGCAAAAGUCCGAGCUGCUGACCGGGUACCUUGAGCAUCUGCUGCUUACGCAUCUGGGCGACAAGAUCAAGAUCAUGACGCCCAAGGAGCAUCGCGGCGCGCAGCUUUCGGUGCUGGUGCGAACCGAGCUGUUUGACCAGGCGUUUGCCGCGCUGAUGGAUGCGGGAGUUAUCUGCGAUGAGCGUAAGCCCGACUGCAUCCGGCUCGCCCCCGUGCCGCUGUACAACACCUUUGAGGAUGUCUGGGUGUGCGUCGAAGUAUUGCGCAAGGCUCUGGCAUAG